GCUCCCGUCCUUGUCCCGUCUCUUCAGUUUCUCUCUCUGUCUCUGGCAACAACGUUUUUCUGCAGACUUUUACCACACACUGCACCAGCCCAUGCCUGGGGCUGCAGGGAUGCCAGGGGCAUCCCCAGGACUCACCAUCCCAGUGGAUGUCCCCCGCUUCCACUUCCAGCCCCGCCGGGUCAGCGUGGACUGGCGUCGCUUAAGUACCAUCGAUGUGGACCAGGUGGCCCGGGAGGUGGACGUGGCUGUGCUCCAGGAGCACAUCGCCGGUGUCACCUUCUGCAACCUGGAUGGGGAGCGGUGCCCCCACUGCAGGCAGCCGGCGGACCCCGUCCUGCUGAAGGUGCUUAGGAUGGCCCAGCUGAGCAUUGAGUACCUGCUGCACUGCCAGGAGUGCCUGGGGACCAGCCUGGCCAUGCACGCCCAGUGCCUGCAAGUUGCCCAUGCCAACCUGGCUUGCACUCAGCAGCAGGCUGCAGAACAGGCAGCCCAGCUCCGGGGGGCAAAGGAGGAAAGCAGGAGGUGGAAGAAGCUGAUUGCCAUGCAGCAGCUCCUCCUGCAAGCUGGCCCCAACACCUACUGCAAGUGCCACCUCUGUGAUAAAGCCUUCAUGAAGGACACCUUCUUGCAAGCCCACGUGCAGCGCCGGCACACGGAGGCCACUGAGGCGGAGAGGCAGAAGAUGAAGCAGGUGGAGCAAAUGGAGGCAGAGGUGGAGGAGCUGAAGGCAAAACUGCAGGAGACGCAGCAGCAGCUGGAAGCGGAGAGGGAAGCGGAGAAGCUGCACAGGGAGCAGGAAAUGGAGAGAGCUCGCCAGCGAGAAGAGGAGGGUAGGAGAGAUUUGGAAAGGUGGAAAGAGGAGGAGAGGAUGAAGCUGCAUGAAGAGAUAGAUGGCCUGAGGCAGCUCUUCCUUGCAGCGUUCAAGGAUGUGUCCAGCAGGAGCAUUGCCAUGGAGGGGAUACUGCAGGAGCUUCAGGCCAGAAAGGCGGUGAUGUCCAACCUGGGCACCCUGCGGGACGAUGACACCAAGGAGGCACAGUGGCAGGCACCAAGCCGGGCAGAGCUGUGGGGUGAGCGGGAGAGGAUGGCAGUGCAGUUGAAGAAAGAGAACAAGACGCUCCGUACCACCCCAUCCCAGGACCAGGGGGCAGUUAUGGACCGUGCCCCUCAGCAGAUGGAUGCCCUCAGCACCUGUCCUGGGGAGCAGCCCAAGGUCACAAACUCCCAGGAGAAGGCGAUCAAGCUGCUCUCUACAAGCAAACCUGAAGUGACCCAGGAGGUGACCAAAGUGGUGGCCAAUGAAGAGUCAUCAGGUAGGGAGGAGGCUGCCCUGGAUGGGAAGCAGAGGCUGCUGGAAGCCCUGGGGAGAAAUCCAAACCUCCUGAAGCAGUUUUGCCCCAUCCUGGAGGAAGUGCUGGAGGAAAAGCUGGAGAGCAUGGGGGUCAAGAGGGUUGUGAAGGGAAUCUCCACUCAGACCUACAAAAGCCUCGAGGCUCUGGUCAGGCUUCAGCAGCAACAGAAGGCUGAGAAAUUUCCCGGUCUCCUCCACCUGAGGGACGAGUUGGUCCGAGCAGUGAUGGGGAAGGUCAGGCGAUGCAAGAAGCUCAGCAGUGCUUUGCCUCGACAGCUCUCCGUCAUCCCAGCUCAGAAGUGAUGCUGGGGAAGCAGCCCACCCUGUCCGCCGUGAGACUCAGCCCUAAGCAAGAGCCAGCGCUCCCCGCAACGGUGCCAGGGGAUGAGACUGACUCUGACAGGUCAGACCAGGACUUGCUGGAGGAAACAGCUGGUUCAGGUACCGCCUGUUCUUGUAGCAACCGCUGUGGGUCAGCAAGGUGGUGGGGACAGUCCUGGUUAGCACCAUCAGCGCCUCUGUGUCACCUUCUUCCUGGCGCUGAAGUGGGACAAGUCUUACCCCACCAUCCCCCACAUCCAGCCAGGCAAUGGGGCACUGGUGGCUUUAUCCAUCGGCAACUUGUGUGCCCAACCCUGCCAGGGUAUUUUCCUAGGGUGCAAUAAAUCCUGCAGCUCUUUCUUUGCGUGGGGGGAAACCAGACUGUCUAGAGGAUGCAGGGAACCCCACAGGACCCAAAGGGCUAUCAAACACAAGGAGUAAAGCUUGUUUUGACUGUUGGCUAUAUGCUGUAAAACCCAAUGUGAACCAUGUGUCAGGAUGAUGUGGGGACUGCCCCAUGGCCCCUCAGAGAGUUGGGGGACAGUGGGAGGCACCUCUCACCUAUGCAUUAACUGCAGACAGCAGCAGGUACUCCUUGCACGUGGCUGUGGUGUGUCCCAGUCCAAAAAAGAGCUGUCGGUGCUGUGUCACACAUGGCUAGCCCAGGCUGCGUGUGCGGGUGGAGGUUUGGUCCAGCAUCCUUGCAUGCACUGGAGCGUUACCCACCCAGUGCUUGCUCGGGGCAGGGGGACAGAAACCCCCAUGGUUUAUCUUAUGCACAAAACUUGCUUCCUGAAACAGGUCUGUUGGAAUGGGUCCAGACAGUGCUAGUGAGUUUAAGCUAUUUAGAAACCAACUCACACUGGGGUGGCUGGUGGUCCCCUCCCUUC